AUGGCUGUUGAUGAAGAUCUGGAAGCUCUCAACUCUCUGGAAAAGGAGGCAUCCGAGUUUACAAAGGCAAGUAACGCCUCCCAGCCCACUCUUCAUACUCGAUAUUCCGUCCUCGACCUCCAACCCGGCGUCCCAGACUCCGACAUCAAGAUCCAAUACCGCAAGAAGUCUCUGCUCAUACACCCGGACAAAACCUCCAAUCCCCUCGCCCCCGAUGCCUUCGACCGUCUCAAAAAAGCCCAAACCGCCCUCCUAGACGAAAAAGCCCGCGCCCAGCUUGACGAAUGCAUAGCCGACGCGCGACGCCUUCUCAUCCGCGAAAAGAAGUACGAUCUGGACUCUCCGGAGCUGAAGACGGAAGAGUUCAAAAAGGAAUGGCGUAAAAAGACCGUUCAGGUGCUGCUGGAGGACGAGGCGAGGCGGAGGAGGCAGUUGAAGGCAAAAUUGCAGGAGGAAGGCAGGGAGAAGAGGAAGGAGGAGGAGGAGAUCGAGGCGAGGAAGAGGAAGAGAGAGGAGGAGAAGGCAUGGGAAGAAAGCAGGGAUGAUAGGAUUGGGAGCUGGAGGGACUGGCAGAAGACUAAGAAGGGCAAGGGGGAUAAGGAGGGUGGAAAGAAGAAGAAGAAAAUGAAGGUCCUGGGCUGA